CCUCACUAACCACCAAUUAUCACCAAUUUCCAUUUCCUUAAUUUCUUUGAACAAAAAAACAUUUAUCAUCAUCAUGUAUCAAAUUUCCUUCUCUUCAUUUCAAAACCAAAAUCCAUUAUCAAUGCCAUUCAUCACCCACUCACCACCAUCUUCUUCCCCUUUCACCAUUGUCACCUCUAUGGGAUUCACUGCCACUCCUUCAAAUCUCACUUUCAAAACCACUACUACUUUCCCUUUCUCUUUCUCCUCCACCAGAAACCGCUCCCGUUUUGCUUUAAUUGUCAGAGCCAAAACCGAAACUGAUUACUACUCAACUUUGAAUGUCAGCAACACCGCUUCGUUGCAAGAAAUCAAAAGCUCCUACCGAAAACUUGCUCGAAAGUACCAUCCAGAUAUGAACAAAAGCCCUGGAGCAGAAGAGAAGUUCAAGGAGAUUGGUGCUGCGUACGAGGUUCUAUCAGAUGAUGAGAAAAGAUCUUUAUAUGAUCGCUUUGGUGAGUCAGGUCUAGAAGGAGAAAAUGGAGGACCCGCCAGUGCCUCAGGGGUUGAUCCUUCUGAUUUAUUCGACGCAUUCUUUAGUCGUUCGGAAGGACUAUUUAGUAAUGAUAGGGGCUUCGGCUUCAAUAUAAGAAACGAUAGAAACCGCCAUGAUAUUCGGUAUGACCUACGUUUGAGCUUUGAAGAAUCUAUUUUUGGAGGAAAGAGAGAGAUAGAAGUUUCUUGUUAUGAGACAUGUAAUAGUUGUGAUGGUACAGGAGCUAAAUCUACGAAUUGCAUUAAAAAAUGCCUACAUUGUGGUGGCAAAGGAGGAGAGAAGAAAACCGAGAGAACGCCGUUUGGAAUGAUGUCUCAGGUUUCUACAUGCUCGAAGUGUGGUGGUCUCGGCAUGAUAGUCACGGAAAGCUGUCGAAAGUGUGACGGUAAUGGUCAUGUGCAAGCUAAACGAAAAGUGGAAGUGGUCAUUCCUCCCGGUGUCAAUGAUGGAGACACAAUGCGAAUUCGAGGAGAAGGAAAUUUUGAUAAGAAAAGGCAUUAUACCGGGGAUCUUUUUGUUGUUCUCCAUGUGGAUGAAAAGCGAGGAAUUCGGAAAGAGGGUCUCCAUUUAUACUCAAAGAUUAACAUUGACUUCACAGAGGCAAUACUAGGGUCUGUUAAAAAGGUAGAAACGGUUGAAGGUUUAAGGAAUCUCAAAAUUCCUUCCGGGAUUCAACACGGACAUUCAGUGAAACUAUCACGUUUGGGAGUUCCAGACAUGAAUAAACCAUCUAUUCGGGGCGAUCAUUACUUCGUUAUAAAUGUUCUUAUUCCAAAAGAUAUCAGUGACACCGAACGCGCACUUGUUGAGAAAUUAGCUUCGUUGAGAGCAUCUAGAGGAGGCCGUUCGUUUUCUUCCGAUGACCGUUCGUUUUCUUCCGAUGACCGUUCGUUUUCUUCCGAUGACCGUGGAAAAUCUAAAGGAAAAUUCGAUGAAUUCCUGAUGAAGAAGGAUACAGAAAGUGAUGCCUCGGGCAAGGGAACCGAAACUGCAAAGUCUCUUUGGGGAUCAAUCAAGAACUUCUUAAGGAAAGGAAACUCCGAAGAAAGAUUCGCAUCAAUUAGCCAAGAUACAUCGACAAUGUUGUGGAGAUUUGACCACCAAAACUACUUAGUCCCACAUACCAUUUUUGUUGUUCUAUUUAUAACAUGGAUUUUUAAAUCUAUAGCAAAGUCUAAGAACUUGAAAAGAACCUAAUCCUUCAUUUAUAGAGUAGAACACAGCAAAUAGAAAGGUUUUGGUUCCGAAAUUGAGAGAACCAUCCAUCCUAUUACAUUUUAAAACAAGGAUUGGUGAUUUUCUUCCAAAAUUCUCACCUGAGUGAGUUGAAAUCACCUUCCUUUAUGUUCUUUCCCCUAUUGUAUAAUGCUCCAAGUUUGAAACUAUGUAUCAUAUGUGUUCUUUUGUGUUACAUAACUUUCACAUGUUAAUGUGAUCCGAAUUGAGUUUGUUAGAUGAAGAUGUAGUAUGGUGAAAAUACUAGUACUACUCAUUUCUGUCAAGGUAGUGAUUACUUCUUAAGACACAGGAAUUGAUAGACUUUGUUGCAACACUGUUCACGGCAUGUGUACUGAUCAUUGACAACUUUGAAAGAUGUGAUUCAUGUUCUCGGUCUACCGAACAAUCUUAUUUAUAUUUAUGAACCAUUUAAUCUCAUUCAUUUUGAUGUUUAAGGAUCAACUUUUGUUUCUAAGAGCAUCUCUAAUGGUAGUAUUUUUUUUUUGAGUUCUCCACCUGGACAUCAAUAUAAUAAUUAAAUAUUCAAAUAUUUUUCCAUGUCAUAGUACAGUUGCAUUGCAAUGCAACUAGUAAAAAAUUGUGAUACCCAAUCAAAUUAAUUUAUGAGGUAAAGUUGUGGAACCCAUUAUAAUUACACCAAUAAAAUAAAAAUUAAAUAAAUUAUUUUGAGAUGAUAUGGCUGGUGGGACCCAUAAAAAACUCAAAAAUGGGUUGCACCAUUGGAGAUGGUUUAACAUUUCCAUUGCGAAAUGAUUUAUUUCUUUUAUUGAUGAUAGUAUUUUGGAUUUUCUUGAUGAAUAAUAAAUAAAAAAUAUCAUAGUUAUUUAUUUAACUUUAUAGUAUAAUACAAAGACAAUUUAGAAAAGGUAUUAAAAGAAUACUUUCUCACAAUGGUAAAGAAUUUGUCAAUCAUAAUUUU